CCACACAAGCCACUAUGAAAAACAACACCAAUGACGUGGCCACGUGCGCCGUCUUCAACUGGGACCGCCAAUCCGUCUCCUGGGACGAAUACCCACCAAAACGUGUCAGCGCAGCCUUCAGCUGCCCCAACACCACUACAACCACGAGUACCAACACCAACGCCUGCGAGAUCACGGGGACAGGGGGAUAUGGCACCUACUACGCGGUGACGAACCUCACAGGCCUCGCCGCGGGUCCCCUGACGGCCCUAGUCCAGAAGGCGGUCGAUAAGAAACAACUGCAGACAAGCAAUUUCAGCGCCCAAGCCACAGUCUAUGAGGGGGUGGCCCGCACGCCCCUCGCGCCAGGCCAGUCGGCGUACGCUGUCGAGAUCGGCCGCAGCUACUGCUUUACGGGGACGCUUUCUAGCUGCACGGGCGGCGACCACCAGAUCGCUGACGACACGCCCGUGCGGGUGUGUUCGCCCCUGUGGCAGUAUGUCCGCACGGUCGGGGACGUGAUCGUGGCCUACGGCGGAAUAGUGAAUGUGACUCGGGAGCAAGCCGCCAACUUGACCGAUCCGUUUGCCGGUCAGAACGUGACGCUGCCGAACGGGGCGGCGAGGGGGUUGGUUGUCGCGGGGGAUGGGUGGUUGACCGGGCUGGUGGUUGCGGUUGCGGUGGCUCUGAUGGUUUAAUGUGCUUUUGUGUAUGUUCGGAUCUAUGAUCUUGUUUUGUGAGUUAUGAGAUAAUGUGCUUAUGACUAGUCUAUGGUGGAUCCGCAAGUCUGCCAGCUUACGAUGCAAUUGAUCCUGUUAUUUGUUCUUUGUGACUGUGAUGAUCGAGAGAACUUGUCUUCUUGCCUUUUUCUGUUUCUGUCUUUCUGUCUUUUGUUUUUCUAUUUUUUUUUCUUUCUUUCUUUUGGAUUUUUUCUCUAUCUUGGCACGGUGGUGGGAUUUGUAGGAAUAGAAAUGAACACAACGCUUAGGGUUGUAUACUUCUAUAUGUAUAGCUGCCCUGAAAAUGUCCCUAGCUUUUACCAGAAAAC